CNGGCCCACCUGCGCUCGCUGGGAGCCCCGUGGCACCUGGAGCUCGACACCUUCACGGCGCCCACGCCCCGCGGCCGGGUCACCUUCAGCAGCCUGGUGGCCACGGUGGCCCCGGUGGCCGCGCGGCGCCUGGCGCUGGCCUGUCACUACGACACCAAGGUGGUGGCCAGCGGCCCCUUCGUGGGGGCCACCGACGCCGCCGUGCCCUGCGCCCUGCUGCUGGAGGUGGCCACGGCGCUGGACACGCACCUGAGGAGGAGGGGGGAGCAGGACCCCCCGGUGACGCUGCAGCUGCUGUUCCUGGACGGGGAGGAGGCGUUUGGGGACUGGAGCGCCACCGACUCCCUGUACGGGGCGCGACACCUGGCGGCCAAGAUGGCGGCGCGGGGCCACCCCGCGGGGUCAGAGGUCACGGCCAUGAGCCUCCUGGUGCUGCUGGACCUGCUGGGUGGCCCCGGCCCCGCCAUCCACAGCCACUUCCCCCGCACCCACCACUGGUUCCUGCGCCUCGUCACCAUCGAGGAAAAUCGGGAAAAAUCAGGAGUGGAAUGUGUGGCCUAUGGACGGGGCGUGGCCUAA